AACCGCGUAAUCGUUUAGUUUUUAACGUGCUGCCGGCUAGGGAGGUUGUGUGAUGACGUCAUUGAGUGGUGAUGUUGGUUCGAGUAAACUGAAGUUUAGUGUGGAGAGCAUAUUGGGUACAAGUGAUGGUAGUAAUAAUGUAUCGGUGGUUGUGAGCGAGCCGUCGUCGAGACAUGAGCCGCCGUGCGCGGGCUGCGUGGCCGCCCUGUACAGGUGCUGUAGAGAUGAACCGCCUCUGCUGCAGUUGCCGCUGCCCCUUCCUUAUUCACAUCUGCACCCAGCUUUAAGGCCGACAACAGUGUAUAGAUUGCCGUUGCCGCCGUCGUCUCCGCCACAACAGACGUCAGCGUCGCGCUGUGACGUCACAUCGAGCGGCAAACGCAAACGCUCCUGGUCGCGGGCUGUCUUCAGCAACCUUCAGAGGAAAGGACUAGAGAGGAGGUUCCAGAUACAGAAGUACAUCACUAAACCGGAUCGAAGGCAACUUGCGGCCACGCUUGGAUUAACUGAUGCACAGGUAAAGGUGUGGUUCCAAAAUAGACGUAUGAAAUGGCGUCACACGAAGGAGGGGCGCGCGCCGCCCCGCGCUACCGAACUAGAAGAUAAUGAAGAUGUAGACGUCGACACACUGAGCGAUUAAAUAAAAUCGUGCCUUAACAGGAUAAACUUAAAAACCAUAAUUCUAUAUCAAUCUUACCGGAAUUUAAAAAUUGGAUCGUCCGUCAUAGUUUCAGUCGUUCCGUCAAGAGAUGGCAUUAGUGUACUAACAUAAUUUUAACGAAAGAAAAUUAUAUUUGUUGUAUUGUUUUGCUCUUGACAGGUUUCUGGACUCUCUUUUCAUCAGUAAAUAUUGGAAGAUAUUAGGGCUUACCUUUAUAAUCGUUAAUAUUUAUUUUGUACGUAUCUCAUAAAAUAGACCAUAAAAAUUUUAAAUACUCGCUAUUAACUUGCGCGUGAUAUGCUUUUGUAGGUAAACAAGUACAAAAGUAAAAUUAAAAGAUUUUAAAUAUGUACGAAAUUCAAGUCGUACUUUUUAUCUUAUAAUAUUAUGAUCCCUCUUACGAUUGAGUCUAUGAUUUUGGCUGAAUAAUAUUAUCUAAGACACAUUGUAAAUAUUUUAGUAACAAAAUAAAACUAAUAUCUAUGCAUUAAGUAAAUAUCUUUUAAGAUAACUAAGUUUUUAUUAUAUUUCCUUUGAAGAUGGUCAAGUCAUAAUACUAAAGAAAACUAGCAAGUAACUUGUAAAAUGAACUUAUUUAUUUAAUAUAAGACUGAUACACAUUAAAGCGAUCUACAAACAGGAGCUGCAAAUAUUAUUUUAUUUACAUUUGUAACUACAUACUACAUGUUAUGUACAAAAAACAUUUAAACUAACAUUUCACUCGCUAUCCCCCUUUAACAAUUAAGAGGUCUAUUAAUGACAUUUCAUAAAUUCAUUUUUGUGUUCCCCAAUAAUCAUCGAUAGCUAGAAACAGUACUGAGAACUUGUCUUGUUCAAUUUUCUACUGGUAAAAUCCUAAUCACGUAAAUCGCAUGACAUUAGAGCACUAUUUUCUUUAUCAAUAUCGAUUAUAACCGAACUGUCUAACUCAUAAAUAAUAAAAAAAAACAGAUCCAAACGAAGGAAAAAGGAAAACAUACUUAAAUCUAUCGUUUUGGAGUUAGGCGUUACAAAAUUAUCAUAAGUAGACAUUUUGGUAAAAAAAAAAAAAAUGAAAACGAGUAGAGGUUUCCCAAAAUACAUAAGAGUAAAAAAUAUGUCAUGUCUACAUAUUGAACGAUUUAUUUUAAUUAAAUAUAACGCACUAUUAGUCAAAACAUUUUACAAAACAAAAAUUUCCAAAGAUACUUAACUAAUCCGACUAACUAAAAUAUACACAAACGUCAAUUAAAAAUUGACAUUCUUCUAGAGUUCGUUUCACGAACGAAGUCCCUCGUCCCAUUGUUUUGACUCUUAUUACAAAUAAACAAGGGUUAUGCCAAGUGAACUCUUUCGUGAAACGGACUAUAAAAUGUCACCUUUUACGCCAUCUAGUGUUAAAUUACAA